ACUAUGAACAUUCGUAGCAACUGAAAAUGUCAGCAGAAAUGUCAGAGUGGCCAUGAUUUGCUUUGUAAACAAAAUUGUUUGUUUGAAAACGGGAAUGUGCGCAAAAUUGAAGUGAUAAGUUUGAUUUCAUUGCUUUCGGUAGAUAAAUUAAAUUUAUAUCGAUUAAGUAUGUUAUUAUACCUGGUGCGAACAUUAGAAUAAAAUUAGUCACUUCAGGUUUCAUAUAAUAAUUUCGAGUCGAUUCGGUGUAUAAUUGUUUACCUAUAGAUUCCACCGGGAUUUAUCAACGAUAUUUCCGCAUACAAAACAAUUGUUAUAGAUUUUACGUUGAAAAUGGCGACAUUGAAAGGUGUGUUUCCCGAACCCAAAGUAAACAGGCGAAAAAACUUCAUACAUGAAAAUGUGAAAAAUCUCCGGCGAAUGGAGCAUUAUUUUCACAAUCACAAGGAAGUUGAGGAAUUACAAAAAUUACAAAUUCGAAGGCAACAAAAAGCGUCUAAUCGAUAUCAGAACAUAGCAUCGCGGGUGAACUCCAGUCUUCGUGAAGCUAAAGAUGAGGACUUUUCUGAUAAAACAUGCACAUCAACUGCUAAACAGAAAUUGGAUGGUCCUGAAAAAUCCAAGUCGCAGGCUCAACCUCAUUCCAAAAAUAGUGCCCCAACUUUGCAAAGUAAAACCACAGCAGGAGUUCAGAAGGGAUUCAUGGUACUGCAUAGUAAUGCAAAGAGUCCUAUACUCAAGAGAAAAACUCGUGAAGCAGUUUUGAAUAAAAAGCUGCAAAGCAACAUGACUAAGGCUCCUUCAGACCCAAACCUAAACUGUGGGCAUUGUUGCAAUAGUAACACUGAAGUAAAAUAUAGAAGCCAGGGAAUUCAAACUUUGGAUGCUAAACACAUGAGCAAUUUGUAUGCCGAGGGUACAAUUAGGUAUUCUACCCGACGGAGUCCUAGACUGGAUUUGGCUAUGUGCAAAACAAUGGAGGUAGCACUACAAAAUGAUAAAACACCACGUGAAGGUGCUAACUCUCCCUUGGAUCGUGGGGAUGUUAGUUCAGCACCAUCAUCUCCUUCACCCAAAUCACCUGAUCUGCACUUAGAUUCGUCCCGUGAGGAAGGAACGGAUUUUGUUAAAUUGAACAAACAGCAAACAUCAAUUGCUACCAAAAUGGCUACACAGCUUAACAAUGGCGUACCUCCCACUCAUUAUCGAAAGGGUGUUGUUCCCAAAUAUCUUCGAGAACGGAAAGAGGCACAGCUGCAAAAAGAACAAAAGGCGAAAGAAGAGGCACCAGAUCCUGACUGUCCAGAUGGCCACGUCCCGCUGCCUGACAGUGAACGCCAGGAGACCCUCCGUAUGUUGAAAAAAAACUAUCAAGAAUUUGUUAAGGAAUUAAAUAUGAUGCCAAUAAAAACUGACACUCUGAGAUCCCAGAAACGAAAAAUGGAAAUUGAGAAACAGCUCAAUAAAAUAGAAGAGGGUAUAAAAGUAUUUUCGAGACCAAAAGUCUAUGUCAAAAUUAACGCUUGAAGUUUUUAUCACAUGUGAUUUGAGGUGCAUCUAUCAAUUUGGUACACAUUAUCAUGCGUUGCAGAACUUGUGUAUAUUGUAUAAUAUGUCUUACUUAUAGUAUGGAAGGAUUUGUAUUUCGUUUAAAUAAUUCAAGAAAUAUUGUAGGCAUCUAGCAGAUUGAAUUGUUUUGAACAAAAACAUUUAAUCCAGGAAAUAAUUUGUAAAUAUUUGUUUGACGCAUGUAAAUUAACUAGUCUGUUUUAAAUUAGGGUGAUCUAAUACUAAACAUCAAGAUUUCAAGUACAAAAGAAAAAUAC